AUGCAUAUUUCAAAUGAUUUCGAUCUGAACUUGAAAUUCCCUCUUUCAGAAAGGCCAUUUUACAUCAUUUUUGAGUCAGCAGUUGAAUCAACAAUUACAUUUUUUGAUGAAGAUGGUGACGGAUUUAAUUUCACAGAGGAAACAGGUACACUUUUCUUUUUAAAGGGUAAACACGCUGGUAUCUUUUCAUGGAAGAAUCUCACAGAAUUACCACCGAAUACAACCAAACAAAUCGUUACAGGUGUAUAUUUACCCUCAAUCUAUGAUACCGGAUUUGAAAUUUUGAUGGAAGGUGAUCUUAAAACAGUCAGAUAUGAAAACAAAUCAUUAAAGUAUUAUGCAAUGAUCUCGAGAGAUGACCAAUACAGCGUUUAUGGAUUUACAAAUCACUUUUAUCUUUCAACCAAAAAGGAAGGACAUUUCUUUACGUUCAAUUCAUCAGUUAGUCCAUGUGAUAUUGUAAUUCUUGCUAAAGGAAUUCCAGGUGGACUAUUCAAUCCACAAAAAUAUGGAGCAGAAAUCAACUAUUUCAGAUCUGACUUUCCAGGAUAUUAUAUCGAUAGCAAAUGGCAUAACAUCUCAAUUAUUUAUUCUUAUUAUCCAUUCUCAACGACAGUGAAACAUAAUGUGAGCGAGAUCAAAUUGAGACUUCAAACGAAUAACGGACCAGAACGAAAUGUCACUGUUCAAGAAGGCGAAACAUACUCAAUCGAAAGUAUCAAUCGCAUGAUCAUCUAUCAUCCAAAUGCCUAUGUUGAAUUCUCUCAAAUCAAAUUUGAUGAUCCAAAUGUUAAUUACUUUGAAGGCGAUUAUAGAAAAGCUGGCCAAAGUAGUGGCGCAUGGCAUUUCAUUCCAAUUAGAACGCCACAGCAAACGACAAUUGUUCCACCAAGAACACCAGAAACAUCAUCUAGCAAAUAG